AUGUCUGCGGAGGAAGCGGACAAAACAGGCACCACUGAUGCCAGCGGUGGAGAUGAGGAGGAAGAAUGGCUAUAUGGAGAUGAGUGUGAGGACAAAGACGAGGACGAGGAAGCCAAACUGAAUGCUGCUGUCAGUGCACCUGCUGAUGCCUCCACAGAGGAUGCUGCUGAACACGCUACAGGGAAUGGAGUGGCCUCUGAGGCGACAGGGGAGGGCGAGGGUGAAGGUGAAGGCGUAACAGAGGAUGUUGAUAGUGGCAGUGACAGUGAUGAUGACGACGAUGAUGUCCGUGUCAUUAUUGGAGACAUUAAAACUGGAGCACCACAGUACACAACUUAUGGAGCUCCCCCUGUCAAUCUCAACAUAAAGACGUCAGGCUCCAGACCUUAUGGACAAGCCUCCAAGAUGAAAGGAGUGGAUCUGGACGGACCUGGAAACAUAAACGGGGCUCCAGUGCUGGAGGCAGACAUGGAGACCUUUGAAGAGAAACCCUGGAGGAAGCCAGGAGCGGAUCUGUCAGACUACUUUAACUACGGCUUCAAUGAAGACACAUGGAAGGCUUACUGUGAAAAACAGAAGAGGCUGCGCAUGGGCCUGGAAGUCUCUACCGUCAGCUCUGUGGCGAGCAAGAUCACCGUUCAGCAAGGCAGGACAGGCAAUGACAAGGACAUAUGCGUUUUGCCUGUUCACACCUCCAAACCAGACUUCACAUCUCCUCUCAACAUGUACAAGCCCGUUGUCAGUCAGGUCAACAGGAUCUCUCCCCCUCAGUGGCCCGGCCCGCCUCCUCCUCAGGACAUGUCCUAUUAUACGAAGACGAGUGGUACGAUAGAUGUGAUUGGUGGAGGAACGGCCACCAUCAGCAGGGUUGAAGGCCGACGCAGACACAACCUGGAAGGCAACAAUAUCCAGGUGAUCUCUGAAAGUACAGACUCUGAGCCCACUCAGCCGGCUAAGAUCCCCCCGUUCUUCCCCCCCGGGGGCCUUCCACCCAACAUACCUCCUCCUCCAUUCCUCCCUCCACCACCAAACGUCAACUCUGCACCCCCACUCAUCCCCCCACCCAGGUUACCCAUUAAUGUCCCUCCUCCUGGUUUUCCUCCUCCCCCCAGUGGGCCCCCUCCUACAAUCAUCCCCACUCUGGACAGUCACUCUGGAGGUUAUGACGGACGCUCUGUCCCUCCCUACCCGUUCCCUCAAGGUGCGUACCCUCCACCCAUGGCUGGAAAUGUGCCUCCUCCUUGGCCCCCCAUGAUGGACAACUCCAAGCCCUGGGACUACUAUCCCCGUCGAGAAGACAAGAGAGAGAAGGAGAGAGAGCGGCCCCGAGAGAGGACACAUGAGCGGGAGAGAGAGAGGGAGCACAGCCCGUCAGCUAUGGGCUACACCAGCGAAGAGGAGCGGUAUCGUUACCGUGAGUACCAGGAGCGCGGUUAUGCAGGAGAGCGACAUCGUGAGCGCUCGAGCCGAGAGAAAGAGGAGGGGCGCCACAGAGAGAGGCGGCACCGAGAGAAAGAGGAGGGGCGCCACAAGUCCUCUCGCAGCAGUAGCAGGAGGAGGCACGACAGCGAGGAGGGCGACAGCCACCGGAGGCACAAACACAAGAAGAGCAAGAGGAGCAAGGAGGGCAAGGACGCCGGCGAGGAGAUCAGCGCAGACCAAGAGAACCAGCCGGGCAUGGAGUAGUGAUCCCCUCCUCCUCCUGUCUCCCUCUCUCCCUCCGUCUGUCUGUCUCCUGUCCUGUCUCUCCGGUUGCGUCUCCCUACCAAGAGGAAAAAGGAGAGGAUGAGCACAGACCAACAAAACCAGGGAGUGGUGAUUGAUGCGUCCUGUCACUUCCCUCUCCAUCAAUCUCAAUUCCCCUGCAUCCUGCUGUCGGUCACCUCACCAUCACUUCAGGCAGAGAGUGGAUGGAGCGGAGAGGUGGUGAAGGAAGCAUGGUCGUCGUUUUUACAUCCGUCUUUCCAUCACCAGCCCACCCAACACGGCAUCAAUGUGUCUCCAUCCCCCUCAGAGCACUGCUAUGACAGAUAGGUCAUGCUCAGAGACCUCCGUGUAUCGUCAGGACGACCAUCAGAUUUAGCUCUUCUUUCUUUUCUCUGUUUGUUUGUUUGUUUUUGUCCCGUAUGAAGACAUCUAUAGAGAGCUGUCACUUUGUUAAGUUCAAUUAAAAAAAACUUUUGAUAAGA